CGACGUACCGUAGACACUUCCUCAUAACGCAGCUCGGCCAUUCAUUACAUGAAAAAAGAACCAAAAUAUACCUCCUUUUUGUGUAGUUUUGUCCUAUGGCUUCAACCAUGAUUCCUUACACUGUAAACAUUAAACUGGCCGCUCGGACACUGACCGGAACCCUUAAUUUACAGAACAAGACAGCAGUGGACUGGGGAUGGCAGGGUCUGAUUGCUCAGGGCUGUCACUCCAGUAUCCUCAUCAUUGACCCAAAGACAUCUCAGACCAUUCAAGUCCUGGAGAGGCACAAAGCAAACGUGGUCAAGGUGAAAUGGUCCAGAGAGAACUACCACCACAGUCUCAGUUCACCUUACUCUCUGCGUCUGGCAUCUGCAGACGCGGCAGGGAAGAUCAUUGUGUGGGAUGUGGUGAGCGGUAUGGCCCACUGUGAGAUUCAGGAGCACUCCAAACCCAUUCAGGAUAUGGACUGGCUGUGGGCUCAGGAUGCUUCACGAGAUCUUCUGCUGGCUAUACAUCCUCCCAACUACAUUGUUCUAUGGAACGGAGACACAGGCACCAAGCUGUGGAAGAAGAGCUAUGCUGAGAAUAUCCUGUCCUUCUCCUUUGACCCUUUUGAGGCCUCCAAUCUGGCAUUGCUGACCAGUGAAGGUAUAGUGUUCAUCACAGAUUUUUCUCACUCUAAACCACCUGGCAGUGGAGGUAAAAAGGUUUACAUCGCCAGUCCUCACUCAAGCCCUGCCCACAGCAAACCUGCCGCUGUCCAACCCACCGGCGCCAAGAAAGCCCUGAAUAAGGUCAAAGUGCUCAUCACCAAUGAGAAGCCCACGGCUGAAGCGGUGACUCUUAAUGACUGUCUCCAGCUCUCAUAUCUGCCGUCUAAGAGGAACCACAUGCUGCUGCUUUACCCUAGAGAAAUCCUCAUCUUAGACCUGGAGCUCAGCCAGACUGUUGGAGUGGUGGCCAUUGAGCGCUCCGGUGUGCCCUUUAUACAGGUAAUCCCCUGUGCCCAGAGAGACGCUCUCUACUGCCUCCAUGAGAACGGCUGCGUCACACUGCGUGUGUGUCGCUCCACAACACUUUCUCCUGAUGAAACAGUGACGGAUCCUGAACAGAGCACGCAGGAGUUGGUGUACGACCUCCGUUCACAAUGCGAUGCCAUCCGCAUCACUAAAACGGUGCGGCCGUACCGUGUGGUGAUCUGCCCUGUUAAUGAGAACAGCGCUGCCUUAGUGGUCAGUGAUGGCAGAGUAAUGCUGUGGGAACUCAAAGCCCAUGCCAGUAAACCUUCAUCCAACCUGAGUUCUGGCCAGCCGCCUCUGUAUUCCCCUGUGAAUUUCUGUGGGACGCCUUUAUGUCAGAACCAGAAAUGCAUCCCGGAUCUUUCUCUCAACACAAUGAUUGCUCACAGUCUUAUUUCUGGAGUGGACCCCCCACGACCCAUGGAUGGAGAACAGGAAGUGCAUCUGAAAUUCCUGUUGACAGGGUUACUGUCUGGCCUGCCUUUGCCCCCCUUCUCCCUCCGCAUGUGCCCACCGCUCACCACCAAGAACAUCAGCCACUAUCAACCCCUGCUGGCCGUGGGUACAAGCAAUGGCUCUGUGCUUGUGUACAACUUGACCAGUGGCCUGUUGCACAAAGAGCUGAGUGUUCACUCCUGUGAGGUCAGAGGGAUUGAAUGGGUUAGUUUGACCAGUUUUCUGUCCUUCGCCACCUCUGUUCCCAACAACCUUGGACUAGUGAGGAAUGAACUGCAGCAUGUGGAUUUACGCACAGGGCGGUGCUUUGCAUUUCGGGGUGAGCGCGGGAACGAUGAACCAGCCAUUGAAAUGAUUAAAGUGUCACAUCUGAAGCAGUAUCUGGUGGUGGUGUUCAGAGACAAGCCUCUGGAACUUUGGGACGUCCGCACCGGAACCCUGCUGCGCGAGAUGGCCAAGAACUUCCCUACUGUCACUGCCCUGGAGUGGUCUCCCUCACAUAACCUUAAAAGUCUGAAGAAAAAGCAGCUUGCAGCACGAGAGGCCAUGGCCAGACAGACUACUCUCGCCGAUGCUGAGCAGAGCAGUGUUGAGUCUUCCGUUAUCAGUCUGCUGCAGGAUGCUGAGAGUAAGUCUGAUACGAGUCAGGGCAUCUCGGCUCGUGAGCACUUUGUGUUUACUGACACGGACGGUCAGGUCUAUCACAUCACUGUGGAAGGCAACAGUGUGAAAGACGGUGCACGAAUCCCUCCUGAUGGCAGUAUGGGGAGCAUCGCCUGUAUUGCGUGGAAAGGAGACACUCUUGUUCUGGGAGAUGUAGAUGGAAACCUCAAUUUUUGGGACCUGAAGGCCCGUCUGUCAAGGGGUGUACCUACACAUCGUGGAUGGGUGAAGAAGAUCCGUUUCGCUCCAGGGAAAGGCAACCAAAAACUCCUGGUGAUGUACACAGAUGGAGCCGAAGUCUGGGAUACCAAAGAGGUGCAAAUGGUGAGCAGCAUCAGAGUGGGGCGCAACGUGAGUUACAGGAUUCUGGAUAUCGACUGGUGCACGUCAGAUAAAGUGGUGUUGGCAUCAGAUGACGGCUGUGUGAGAGUUCUGGAGAUGGCCAUGAAGUCUGCUAGUUACAGAAUGGAUGAGCAGGACCUGACAGAUCCAGUGUGGUGUCCAUAUCUUCUGCUGCCACGUGCUGCUCUCACACUGAAGGCUUUUCUGCUGCUGCAGCCCUGGUCGGAUAAAUUCACCAUGGACAUUGCACAUGUAGACUACGUGGAGAAGGAUGAAAUAAAGGGACUGAUCCAGGAACAGCUCAACUCUCUUUCCAAUGACAUCAAAAGUGUUCUCCUGGAUCCAAAUCUGAACUUGCUGCAACGCUGCCUCCUUGUGUCAAGGCUGUUUGGUGAUGAAUCAGACCUUCAGUUUUGGACGGUGACGGCUCAUUACAUCCAGUCUUUUGCCAAAAGCCAGCAGCCCAGUGGAUCAGCCCCAGAGGGCCUGGCACCAGCUGAGGGCCCCCAGAGCACUCUUGUCAGCCACCUAGACAUCUGCCACGACACCCUGUGUGAAAGCUCUUUCUUCCAGAGGUUUCAGUUGGAGCGGGUUCGUCUUCAGGAAGUCAAGAGGUCCAGCUAUGAACACACCAAGAAGUGUGCUGACCAGCUCCUGCUACUGGGUCAGACGGACCGGGCGGUGCAAUUACUCUUGGAAACCAGUGCAGAUAACUCCAGCUACUACUGUGACUCACUCAAAGCCUGUCUGGUGACCACCAUCACCUCUUCUGGCCCCUCUCAGAGCACCAUUAAGCUGGUGGCCACCAACAUGAUUGCCAAUGGCAAGCUGGCAGAGGGUGUGCAGUUGCUCUGCCUGAUUGACAAAGCAGCAGAUGCGUGUCGUUAUCUGCAGACGUAUGGAGAGUGGAACCGUGCUGCCUGGCUGGCCAAGGUGCGUCUGAACCCAGCAGAUAGUUCAGAUGUUCUGAAGCGCUGGGCAGAGCAUCUGUGUUCUCCUCAGGUCAAUCAGAAGUCAAAGGCAAUCCUGGUCCUGCUCUCGCUAGGGUGCUUCCAGAAAGUUGGCGAGAUGCUGCACAGCAUGAGAUAUUUCGACCGCGCUGCACUCUUUAUUGAAGCCUGUUUGAAAUAUGGUGUGAUGGAAACCAAUGAUGACGUUAAUAAGCUUAUAGGUGCUGCCUUCACCGACUACGCCAAGUUGCUCCGCUCCAUUGGGCUGAAGCAGGGUGCUGUGCAGUGGGCCUCCCGAGCGGGAGAGGCAGGACAGAAGCUGCUGGAUGUGCUGUCCCAGACAGAGGGCGCGGGGCCAGAGAUCAGCCCUCGAAAUGAAGAGGCGGAAGACACUCUAGUGACUAUAGAAUGACUUGCAUCAAAUGGAAUGGUGGGAGAAGAGGGUACACUUGUUAAAGAGCAGUUAUAAAACAAAAACUGUCACAGCAUGUCUUCACUGCAAACGAGCUGAGCGGUGCAAUGUCAGUUAUAAUGGGAGUGUGAUCUUUUGUUUUUGUGCUGUAAUGUCGCACCGCUCAACUGCAGUGUAUGCAUGUUGUUUGAUUUAUGCAUGUAUGCAGACAGAUGACAAACAAACAUGUCUUUUGUCAUAGCUUCUAAUUGUUUCUUUGUUGUAUUUUCUAAUUGUUUGCUGGUUGUGAGGUGUGCUGUGAUGUUGUGUGUCGUUUUAUUCACGCCAAGAAAACAUUCCUCUAACACCUACCAUCAUACUGUAAUGCAUUCCAAACCUGUUUUUGCACUUUUAUUGUCAACCAAAAACUUUUCCUUCUGACAUAAAAAUUAUAUAAUGCAAUAUCUGUGUUUGAUGGUGAAUAUGCUUAAAAUUCCACAUGGGGAGCCUAAAGAUUGUCUAAAGGCAGGAUAUAGUGAAGAUUUCAGAGAGAUGUGUUUAGUGAGUGUGUUGAAGUCAAUGGAAAACAUGUCCGUUUUACUCCAAAAUCAAAAGAAAAUAAUAAUAAAUAGUUUAUUUUGUGUUAAAGCUUAAGAAUAUUUUAAGGUUUAUAAAUACUUUUUUGCAUUGUAACAUUAUUGUCAUGGCUUUGUGAUAAAUAAGCAUAAAUGAAACACAUUUCAACAAAUACAGCUAUGGUGUAUUCAUAUGUAAAGAGAUCAAUGGAAAGGAGGAGGCGAGAACCGGAUUGUCAAUAUAAAUAAUAGUUUAAUAUAAAACUUAAACAAAAGACAAACACACACACACACACACACACACACACACACUCACGACGGACAUGUCCGUAAACUAUCUCUCUCUCCCACACGAUCCUCUGCAGUCGACCUUUAUCCCUCUCGGGAGGCUUGAUUAGCCUAAUACGGGACUGGGUGUGUACGAUCACGACCCGGCCCCGCCCUCCGCCCUGCCACAUUCCUCCCUCGUUCUCUCAGGCUGGGGAGCCCCCGGACUGACAUACACCCCCAAACCCUGGGGAAGGGCGUUCUUUAAGCCUAGACUGCCGGCAGGUCAUCCCCAUCUAACUGGACGAGGGAGGGGACACCUGUAACAGUGUAGUACCCCCCCAAAAAACACUGUAAAAUUUAAAAGAGAUUGAAAAGGCCAACGCAGAGAGAGAGAGGAGAGAGAAAUGAAAAAAAAAUAACUCUUACUCGCCAGUUCUCCGAUACGCCCCAGCUUGAUCCUCGGCCACUCCUCCACCCUCUAUCGGAUGACAGCCGCGCCUCUCCGGGCGGAUCAGAGGCAGUCCUCCAGCCCCUGGCAGACGGAACACCCUGCAGCGUUCUCGGGUAACAGAAGGGGUCUUCCUCCGCCCCUUGCAGCGGUUGGCAGUGAGCCCCUCCCCGCUCGUGGUCGGCGGUCUUAAACCCCGCUGUGUUUCAGCGGCCGGUAGGCGACUCCUGCGCCCCUGGCAGCAGCCCUGACUGCUCCAGGCGGUCAGUUAGGAGCCCCUUCUCCCUUCGCGGUCGGCAGCCAUCGUCCUCUUUCAGGCGUAUGGGCUCCUCGUCCCCCGGCAGAUGGCCGCGGCUGCUCCAUUGGGGUGGACGGUAGUGGUGAGAACUCUACUACGGCGUAUCCCUCCUCCUUCCCGGGUUUCGGCACCAGUGUAAAGGGAUCAAUGGAAAGGAGGCGGCGAGAACCGGCUUGUCAAUAUAAAUAAUAGUUUAAUAUAAAACUUAAACAAAAGACAAACACACAUGUCCGUGAAAAAGACAUGUCCGUAAACUAUCUCUCUCUCCCACACGAUCCUCUGCAGUCGACCUUUAUCCCUCUCGGGAGGCUUGAUUAGCAUAAUACGGGACCGGGUGUGUACGAUCACGACACGGCCCCGCCCUCCACCUUGCCACACCAUACUUUACAAUUUAAGUCAGAUUUUAUUUUUCACAUAACAGUAAUGUUAAUUACAUUUUCAUUAAUUACAGUAAUGAGAAUGUGAGGUGAAAUUUGCUUAAAAUAACAAAUUUUUUAAGCAAGCUAUAUCUUCUAAUUUCUUUUUAAUUUGGGGGUUAAACAUGACCCAGACAAGUUUUCUGUUUCAAACUAUUAGACUGAUAUUAAAUGGUUAUUAAAUGGCUAUUUUAAGUUAUUAAAAUUAAGGUUAUGCCAUUUUUUUUAUUAAUCUAAAAACAAUUGGAGUGCCUGGUUCUGUUAAACUUGGGGGUUAAAUAAUUCUGCUUUUUUUUUUGGUAAAUAUAUUGCAUCUCUUUUAAAUGUUCAACUUAAAUAUCACAGAGUGAAAAUUAUGACAUGCUUAUUUCAGGAUCAAACAAAUUUGAAUCUUUCUUCAGCCUAUAAUCUAACUCAAGAAACUGCUUCCUUUAUACUAUCAGUAACACUUUACUAUAAGAUCAUUACAUUUUAAACAAAUUUGAGUCUUUCUUCAGCCUAUAAUCUAACUCAACACACUGCUUCCUUUAUACUAUCAGUAACACUUUGCUAUAAGAUUAUUACAUGUUACAGUAAGUAAUGCAGCAUUUAGUCAUCUUGGUUAAUGUUAAUAUAUACAUAUACUAAUACAUUUUUACAUUAGAAGUCGUAUAAAUUUACAUUAAAGUAUUAUGAGCAAACAAUAGCAAGGAACAAUAUUAUAUUUAUAAGGUAACAUUGACUGAGAUCAAUAAAUGCUGUUAAAAAUAAAUUCAUUUAGUUCAUGAUACCUCCAUGUAAUGCCUGUUGUGCAUUAAACAAAGAUUAUUGAAUUGAACAUCACUGUAGUGUUACUAUCUUUCAGUUAUUGCAAAGUGAUGGAUAUCAUAUUUUACAAUCUAUAAUUCAAGAUAUUUAAUCAGUUCAGAUAUAAAGGAAAGCAUUGUAUACUUGCUCCUACACAAUAUUAGGCAGGUGGUUUUAAUGUUGUAUGUAUGUAAGUAUAUGUAUGCAUAUAUGUGUGUAUAUAUAUAUACACACACACACAUAUAUGCAUUCAUAUACAUACAUACAUACAACAUUAAAACCACCUGCCUAAUAUUGUGUAGGUCCCCCUCGGGCUAACCCACAUCUCAGAAUAGCAUGAUGAGUAGAGAUGCAGAAUAGAGAUGCUAUUAUUUUCACCACAAUUGUAUAGUAAAGUUGAGCGGUUAUCUGAGUUACCAUUGACUGAACCUGUCUGACCAUUCUCUGUUUACCUCUCUCAUCAACAAGGUGUUUCCAUCUGCAGAACUGCCGCUCUCUGGAUGUUUUUUGUUUCUGGCAUCAUUCAGAGUAAAUU